GAUGGAUAGUGGCAAAUAACGCUCAAGGAGUAUUCUAUAAGAUUCGGUGAGGUGUACGAGCCAGUACCUCCGUGAGAACCAUUUCGUCAAAACCCCUGCUCAUCAACACAGUUGCAAAGUCAAAAACCAUAACAUCUUCAAUAGUUUUACAAUUUUACAACCAGCCUACAGACUCAAUUUCCCAAAAUGCCUCCCUAUCAAAUAUCACCAGCUGUAAACUGCGACAUCGACUUCAAUAAAGAUGAAAUUGCUGGAAAAGUUGCCAUUGUAACUGGAGGGGCCAGCGGGAUAGGAGAAGCAUACGUGCGGGCUUUACAUAACGCAGGAGCCAAGGUUGUCAUUGGCGAUAAAAAUGUCGUUGCUGGCGAGAAGCUGGCUUCAGAAUUGACGGGCUCAAAGUUCGCCCAGUGUGAUGCAACUGUUUGGGAAGAUCAAGUUCUCUUAUUCAAGGAGGCGGCUGAAAUAUCGCCUUCUGGAAAGGUCCACUAUGUGAUAGCCAAUGCAGGUAUGACGAAGGAAGACCAGACCUUUACCUUUGACGGCAAAGACCAAGAACCCCAAAAGCCAGACUUACAAGUCAUCGAUGUCAAUCUUAAGGGCGCGCUCUAUACCGCUAAGCUGGCCAUGCACUAUUUCGUGUCCCAAAAUGGCACCGAAGUCAACAAAGACCAAGAAGAUACCUGCUUGAUCCUCAUCAGUUCAGGAGCCGGCUUCCUCGACGUUCCAAGAUCUCCAGAGUACAGCAGCACAAAAUGGGCAGUCCGUGGAAUAAUGCAUGCUUUGCGAAGGACGGCAUUUUACUAUGGAAGCCGAGUCAAUGUCAUUGCGCCUUGGUAUAUCCGCACUGGCAUUCUCUCCAAAGACCAGUUCGAUGAAGUUGAGAAAUCGGGCGUCGAGUUCGCGACGGUUGAAGAUGCUGGUGAAUGCGCGCUGAGGAUCCUGUCUGAUACCAGCAUUAAUGGAAGGACGCUCUUUGUCUGCGCUCGGAAAUGGGCUCCUCGCGGGUACAUGGACCUGAACAUCGAGGAUUAUCCUGAAAGUUUGAUACAGGAGAUUCAAGAGGAUCAAAUGAGGAAUGCCCCGGUUGACCUCGGACUAUUCCCAUAA